AGAGAGAGAGAGAGAGAGAGUGAGUGAGUGAGUACUGCUGGAACAAUACUGCCAAAAUAAUUAGUAAGCCCAUGGCACAAGAAGUAUUGGUCCAAAUACUACGUACUGGAUUUACAUUAUAACAUUCACUACGGAAAUAGCCAUUAUCCCCAAAUAGUAAAGCACCACAGGUGGACCAAUGACUGUCUGCAUAAUACUACAAACUACACUACUGCGAUUAUAAUGAUCCAAAAUAGUACACCACAGACAUUUUUGAUCUACUGCAUGCUAAUAUCUACACUCUCAGGGAAAGUGUAGCUAUUAAACUGCACUUUUCCUUUCCUUGUCACUGGUGUGAUCCCCUCAUGCAUGCACCUUUUGAACAUUUAGUACACUAUGUUUACUAUUUCUAUCUUUUACCCAGAAGGCUAGCUUUACUCUAAAACACAAUUAUGUAGCUUUAAAAAUUAAAUGUACACUGUGUCCAUGUUUUGAAGUGAGAUAUGGGUCUCUACUAGUAAUUUGUUGCCUUCUAUUAGUGUCACGUUAUGUCUAGUGGAUACCAUUAAGGACCAGUAAUGGUUUGAAUGGUUAAAUCAUGAUGGUUUGUAAUGGUAUUUGUAGUGGAAACCAUUUGAAUUUCUGUGAUUGGUUUCUGUUUGUUUUUUUUGUUUUUCAGCAGGGAUGAAUAGUAGCUACAUAGGCUACAGGGGUUUACUAUAAAACUAAUGUAUGUAUAGUGUGAAGUGACUGAACUACAGUGUAUACUAGGAGGAAUAUUGUUUCUCGACCAGAUUAGGGUGUUCAUUUGAGUUAUUCAUGAAUAUUCCAGUACAGUACAUUCAUGUGUGUGGUAGUGCACAGCACAGCUGUAUCCCACUGUAAUGAAUCAUAUCACAAAAUAGUGCUCCAGCGUUGCGUUUUGUUUUGUUCUUUUCCUCAAUAAAUAAAUAAAUUAAUAAAAACUAGUAUGUCAUAUAUGCGGUUUCGGUGACCCUUUUAGACCGAGUAGGUCUCGUCUCUGUUUUUGGGAGAAAAUAAAAUGUGAAGAAGUGCGAGCACAACAAGUUGGAAGGAGCUGACAUGGAGCUGACAUGGAGCAGGAAGCAUGGCGCAGGUUAAACAAGCGGGUUAUUGUUUAGACAGCGUGCUGAAGUGAUUUAGGGCGGAGGUGGGAGACAGACAGCCUGUAAAAACUCCACGUGGCGAAAUGGUAGAAAUUUCCAGAAGGGGCUAAAUGCCUUAACUGGAGCACAGGCUCGAUUUGGCUUGAGGAAAGAGACGCAAACAAAACAGAAGUUCCUCUGCACGCGGGAAGCCCACCGCCCCUGCCAGUUCUUCCCUGACCCUCUGAAGGAGACCGAGGAACCAGAGGAAACUGCUACACACUAACGCAUAUUCCCCCCUGCCAUGCUGCCAACUGCUGCUCUGUGUUUAUCACUGGUCUUGAUGGUCAAGCCUUCCAUGUCCCAGCAACCCCUGACCUCAGGUGACCCCCAGCAGAAGAGCUUUUCAUCCCUGACCCACCCAAGCUGGUCCUUAGGGCUGCAAGUGUACAGGGCCCUCCGAAAUGAAGGUUCUCACAUCAACACCCUCAUUUCUCCUGUACUGCUCGCCAACGCACUGGACGCGCUGAGCCACACAGCCAAGGGAGCCACAGCCAGACAGCUCCAGGAGCUCCUAAAGAACUACAAAGAUGUGAAAUUUUCACCCAAUCCUUUUAAAUCCAUGAGAAACGCAAACGGAACCAGCUACAUACUGCAUGGUUCCUCAGCUAUCUUCUCCAAGCAGGUUACUACACUGGAGAGCGGCUUCCUGGAGGAGCUGCAGACCCAGUUUGAACUGGACCAUGUGGCUUUAGGUCUAGGGGAUAAACAGGAAGAUAUGGAGAAGCUCAGAUCCUGGGCCAAAAGUGGAAUGGGAGGAGUGAAAGAGAUGCCACUGAUUGAAGGACCAGACUCUAAAGAAGGAGCCCUGAUCCUGGCCAGCGCACUGCACUUUAAAGGGUUUUGGGAUCAUGCCUUUGACGAAGAAAAUGAAGACCUGCGAAGCUUUUUGGGGACCAAGUACACCAAAGUGUCUAUGAUGCACAGAUCAGGGGUGUACCGUCACUAUGAGGACAUCGAGAAUAUGGUGCAGGUAUUGGAGCUGGGUCUGUGGGGUGGAAAGGCCAGCAUGGUGCUUCUGUUGCCUUUCCAUGUGGAGAGACUGGCCAGGCUGGAGCACAUGUUGACACUCGAGCAGCUGGAGAAAUGGCUUGGGAAGCUGAGCAGCAUGAGCAUGGCACUGUCUCUGCCCAGGGUCAAUGUCAGCAGCACACUCAGCCUACAGAAACAGUUAGCUGCACUGGGCGUGGUCGAUGCCUGGGACCAGAAAGUAGCCGAUUUCUCAGGUCUUGGGAAGGGGAAGCUUCAUCUCCGGGAUUUUCUUCAUUGGACAUCACUGGAACUGGUGCCUGAUUCAGGCAUUAAGGAUGGCGUAGAGGAGGAACAGCAUGUGGAGAAACCCAAACUUUUCUAUGCAGAUCAUUCCUUCAUUAUUAUGGUGAAGGAUAACAGCACUGGAGCUCUGCUGAUGUUGGGUGCACUGGAUCUGGCAGAAGGGGCUGCACUGCAUGAUGAGCUAUAGAGGACGGAUAACGUAUGGAUAGUGUUUUAGAACAUCUCUUCAGUUUUUACUGACUCAAUUAAAUAGCCCAUCAAAGACUUUGACAAUCCAAGCCAUUUGUCCAGUGACAUUGUACGUACAUUUUUUUUAAAAUGCAUAUUGAAUGUGAUGAGUGGGUAAUUAUAAGUCCAGUUUUACAGUACUGUAAGUGGGGGAGAAAAACAGAGAAGACAUGAUUUAAAGAUCGGCAGAAGCUCGUAUUAUUUCUAACACCUAUCGAGCUCCAUUAAACGUGCAAAGAAGAGCUAAUGGAAGGUGUAAAACGAUUUAUUAGAGCUUAGAAAAUCUAGGCGAACAAUUUCACCCAGGCUGAACCUGGAACUCAUUCCAUUAUUAUAACAAACGGGCUCACCAUGAGCGCACACCAGGCAUUCACACACUGAUGGCCCCCCUGAGCGAUUAAUCCUUUCACACUUGUGAAAUAUUCAGUGGAUUGUUCUAUGAUCUCUCUGUGAUAGUGUGUCACUUUUACUUAUAUUCAUAUUGGCAUCCUGACACAUCUCCUCCUUCUCUCAUUUUAACACUAAGAGAUUGAAAGACACGCUCAAAAAGGCAACGUUAUCAUUUCUACUAAAAACAAUACCUAACACCGGUAGUCCCAAAGUUGGAAAGCUUAUCCAAAUCCAAGCCAAAGGGUGCAUUUACUUUCUCACCACAUACCACUCGCUAACUAAAUGAUCUGACAGUUGCACUGAACUCUGAGAUGGGAUGGGCCUCUCUCUCUCUCUCUCUCUCUCUCUCUCUCUCUCUCUCUCAAGUUGUUACCAAAUAGAUUGGGAGCUCCGGGGGGUCAGGCUCUAAGCUGGCAUGCCGUUUACCACUCCAGGAGCAGUCCCCUGGUAGAAAGAUUGCUCAACCAGGCUGUUAUUGAUGGGAUCAGCUUAAUACUAAUGACGCUAAUGACUCGAGACCACUGUCAACACCACAGGCAGACGAUAAACCUUUAAUCUUUUAAUGCCUCCUCGGAUCAAUGGAGGCUGUGCCCUUCUGACACCGUUGUCCGUUUAGAGUGGUUAGGAGUUACAUUUAAAAUGCUGUUUGCGCGGGUGUGUGUGUGUGUUUAUGUAAUGUGUUAUAAUGUGUUUUUUAAUCUUAUACUUAAAUGUGCUGUGUUGCAUAUAAAGAAGACGUUACUAAA